AUGAGUACCUUUCUGCAAGAUAACGGCGACCUCUCCGCCGUCCUCGUCAAGUUUGCGCCUUUUGCCGUUGCAGUAAUUGCUAUCCUCGCUGCGUGGAAGUUCACCGGUAGCAGCAAGCCGAGAAAGGUCCUCAACCCCAGUGAGUUCCAGAACUUUGUCUUGAAGGAGAAGACCGAUAUCUCCCACAAUGUCGCCAUCUACCGGUUCGCACUGCCCCGCCCCACCGAUAUCCUCGGUCUCCCCAUCGGUCAGCACAUCUCGCUCGCCGCGACCAUCGAGGGUCAGCCCAAGGAGGUCGUCCGCUCCUACACCCCCAUCUCCUCCGACAACGAGGCCGGCUACUUUGAUCUCCUUGUCAAGGCCUAUCCUCAGGGCAACAUCUCCAAGUAUCUCACCACCCUCAAGAUCGGCGACACCCUGAAGGUGCGCGGUCCCAAGGGCGCUAUGGUCUACACCCCCAACAUGUGCCGUCACAUCGGUAUGAUUGCUGGAGGUACCGGUAUCACCCCCAUGCUGCAGAUCAUUAAGGCCAUUAUCCGCAACCGUCCCCGCAACGGCGGUAACGACACCACUAAAAUUGACCUGAUCUUCGCCAACGUCAAUGAGGAAGAUAUCCUCCUCCGUGAUGAGCUGGAGAAGCUCGCCAAGGAGGACGACGGCUUCCGUAUCUUCUACGUGCUCAACAACCCCCCUCCGGGCUGGAACGGUGGCUUCGGCUUCGUCACCGCCGAGAUGAUCAAGGAGCAUCUCCCUGCCCCCGCCAAGGAUGUCAAGAUCCUCCUCUGCGGUCCUCCUCCCAUGGUCAGCGCCAUGAAGAAGGCCACCGAGUCCCUGGGCUACACCAAGGCUCGCCCCGUCAGCAAGCUCGAGGACCAGGUCUUCUGCUUCUAA